AUGUUCUCCCGUACUAUUACCAGAACUCUACGUGCUCCUGCGGUGCUACGUUUGUACUCAACUAACGUUCCAUUGGAAGUACCAGUUACUUUGCCAAAUGGUAUCAAGUAUAUGCAACCAACCGGUCUGUUCAUCAACGGUGAGUUUGUGAAGUCACACGAGGGUAAGACCUUCGAUGUGCUGAACCCAUCUACCGAAGAAACGAUCGCUACGCUAUAUGAAGCCCAGGCUGCCGACGUCGACAUCGCCGUCAAGGCCGCUAAGGAGGCCUUCGAGAACCACUGGUCCAGAGAAGACCCUGAAGUGCGUGCCAGAGCUUUGUUCAACUUGGCCGACUUAGUCGAAGCUAACUUGGAAACUUUGGCCGGUAUCGACUCUCUAGACAACGGUAAGUCCCUGCUGUGUUCCCGUGCCGAUGUCGCGCUAGUGGCCAAGUACUUGCGUUCCUGUGGUGGUUGGGCUGAUAAGAUCUACGGUGACGUUAUCGACACCGGUAAGUCCCACUUCACUUACUCCGUCAAGGAACCAUUGGGUGUCUGUGGUCAAAUUAUCCCAUGGAACUUCCCAUUGUUGAUGUGGUCCUGGAAGAUCGGUCCAGCUUUGGCCACCGGUAACACCGUCGUUCUAAAACCUGCCGAAUUGACUCCAUUGUCCGCCCUUUUCGCUUCCAAACUUUGCCAAGAAGCUGGUAUCCCAGCUGGUGUAGUUAACAUUAUCCCAGGUCCAGGUAAAACCGUCGGUGAAAGAAUCUGUACCCACCCUGACAUCAAGAAGGUUGCAUUCACUGGUUCUACCGCUACUGGUUCCCGUAUCAUGAAGACCGCCGCUGACAGCAUCAAGAAGGUUACUCUUGAACUGGGUGGUAAGUCUCCAAACAUCGUCUUCGCUGAUGCUGACUUGGAACAAGCUGUUGAAAACAUUGCCCAUGGUAUUUUCUUCAACUCUGGUGAAGUCUGUUGUGCCGGUUCUAGAAUCUACGUUCAAGAUAAGUGUUAUGACGAAGUCUUGGACAGAUUAAAGAAGUACACUGAAAGCUUGAAGGUCGGUAACCCAUUCGGUGACAACACUUACCAAGGUUCUCAAACUUCCCAACAACAAUUAGACAAGAUUUUGGAAUACGUCGACAUUGGUAAGCAAGAAGGUGCCAGAAUUGUCACCGGUGGUGAAAGAAUCGGUGAGAAGGGUUACUUCUUCAAGCCAACCGUCUUCGCCGAUGUUAAGGAAAACAUGCGUAUUGUCAAGGAUGAAAUCUUUGGUCCAAUCGUCACCGUCUCCCAGUUCUCCACUGUUGACGAGGUUAUCGCCAUGGCUAACGACUCCCAAUACGGUCUAGCCGCCGGUAUCCACACCAACGAUGUCAACAAGGCCGUCGAAGUCUCCAGCAGAUUGAAGGCCGGUACCAUCUGGAUCAACACUUACAACGCAUUCCACCAAAACGUUCCAUUCGGUGGUUUCGGUCAAUCUGGUAUUGGCCGUGAAAUGGGUUCUGCCGCCUUGGACAACUACACUCAAGUCAAGUCUGUCAGAAUGGCCAUCACCAAGCCAAGAGUCUAA